UAAUUGAAAUGGAGAAAGAUAACCCAAUAGUCUUCCUCGCAAUUCUUGGAAAAGACAAUGAGCCUAAAUUUCUCAAGAAUUAUAGCAGUUCCACAGAUCUUGAAACAGAGCUGAAAAUCAUGGCUUUUUCAUGACUAGAUUUCUUUGUUGACAAGACAAUGAUUUCAAGGGUUCCAAACUCUAGUUCUGAGAAGAUAGAGACUUAUUUAGGGAAAAUAUCUUUAUUGUUCACUGUUGAAGGGCAGCUGGGUUUCUACGGGUACCUCACCAACACUAAUCAUAAGUAUAUCCUUGUAAAACUGGAAGAUAAAAUAGAAGGAGGUCAUAGCUCAGAUUCAUAUAUAAAGGAGUUCUUCAAGAAAAUACAGAAAAUUUAUAUCGGAUUUAACCUAAACCCUUUUAUGAUCCAGGAUAACGGCAAUCUUGAUGAGAAUGAUAAGGCUAAUAAGGAAUUUUUUGAAGAACAAUUGGAGAAGAAGAUAAAUGAUACAGUAUCGUACUACCAACAGUUCUUGUCUGGACAUUCAGAUGCAUAAGCUCCAACCAUUAGAGGAAUUCUGUCAAGAUCUGUUUUCAAUUUUGU